AUGACUACCCAUUUAUCAGUAUCAAAAGAUCAGAUAGAAGAUUCUGAAUUAUUGGAUUAUUUGAAAAAAUUCAGAAAUCAGUGGUUCCAGUAUUGUUGUGCAGCAGUUUUUACUAUAAAGUUUCUGCUGGUACCAUGCUAUCAUAGCACCGAUUUCGAGGUUCAUCGUAACUGGAUGGCCAUUACACAUACGCUUCCCAUUUGUUCAUGGUAUUAUGAAAGCAGAUCGCAGUGGACGCUUGAUUAUCCUCCAUUUUUUGCUUUUUUUGAAUAUUUUUUAAGUCAGAUCGCAGCAAAAAUCAUUCCUUCUGCAUUGGUGCUGCAAAAAGAGGCAUAUUUUUCUACUGAAUUAUUGUACUUUCAAAGAUUUUCAGUGAUUGCAACGGACGUUUUUUAUGUCUUAUCAUGUAUUUUUGUAACGAAAAGUUUCCGUAAAUUUUACAAAAAUCAUAACGGCGUGGAAAAGAAUUCAUUUGCUGCUGACAUUUUUCUCAUAGCUAAUGUUUCAUUGGUGAUGAUCGACAACAUGCAUUUUCAAUAUAAUGGUAUUCUAACAUCACUUUUGUUACUUUCUCUGGGUUGGAUUAUGAGAAAGUCUUUCCUAUGUGGUGCAUUGACUUAUUGCAUUCUAUUAAAUAUGAAACAUAUUUAUCUGUAUUAUGCACCUGCAUAUGCGAUGUACUAUUUUGUGAAUUAUUUGUUUAUUUCCAGAAAGACUUUCAUAGCUAAUGCUGUAAAAUUAACUGCUGUUCUUAUUCUUCCAUUUGCAUUAUCUUUUGGUCCAUUUAUUUACUUAUGUGGUCCUGGUGUUCUGCAGCAGUUAUGGAGACAGUUGUUUCCGUUUAAGCGUGGUCUUACGCACGCUUACUGGGCUCCGAAUUUAUGGGCACUUUAUAAUUUUGCUGACUGGUAUAUCUAUCAAAUGUUGAAAUUGAUCAAACGAUUGCCAGCAAAUGUUCAUUCUCCUGCUUAUAUUUCGGGUCUUGUACAAGAAUUCGACCAUUCUAUUUUGCCUUCUGUAUCACCGUUCGGAACAUUGCUAGUGACAUCAACGUUACUACUACCGCUUGUACCACUUAUCGGUACUCGACACUCGAAGAAUUUUCCUCUUUUACUCACAUUAUCUUCAUUUGCUUUCUUUCUUGCUGGUUAUCAUGUGCACGAAAAAGCAGUUAUACUCAUCACCGUUCCGUAUACUAUUUUAGCUUCUUCAGAUCAUCGAUUUUUAUCGUCUUUUGUUGUGCUUUCAGUUGUGGCUAAUGUUUCACUUUUUCCUCUUUUUUUUACUCCUUUUGAGAAUAUUUUGAAGGUUUCUAUUACACUUUGCUAUCUGCUUUUAUCAGUAACCAUUAUGCAGAUUGUGUGUCCAGAAAGAUCACUUUGUUUUCUGCAAAAACUUUAUUUGUUUGGACUUCUACUCGUUCAAAUUUAUUAUUUAGUCCUACAUAGGAUCAUAUUCGACACUAAUUUCGAAUUCAUUCCUUUGAUGCUUACCUCACUAGCAACAGCUUUGGGAAUUUGUUGGGUUUACUUUGAACUGUUAUGGAUUAUUCUUUCUGAGAGUCCAAAAUAUACGAAAGCUACAUGUAUCUGCGAAAGAAAGCUUAAAAGAAAAUAA